AUAGAGUGUGUGUGGGGGGGGCUGUCUGUGGGCAGAGUGUGUGAAGCACUUGCAUUGAUAACCUGCAGCCCAGAGUCACUCAGUCUCACUUUGUGGCCGUCCCCCUCGCCUGGAACUCCCUUCGCCCUGCUCUGUCUCCUUUCUGGCUUCUCACUCCAGGACCGUCUGCAGACGUGCUCGCAACCCCCCAGCGCUUUAGUCGUCACCCCUCUUGUCGCUUGUCGCCAUGACGCCUACCCCGCCGUUGUUCCUGCUGCUGCUUGGCCUAAUGGGAGCUCAAGCCACCGUUGACCUCCGCACGGCUGCUGCCAUGGCGGCUGGUUUGUGCAAAACCCGUCCCACAGACCUCGUGUUCAUCAUUGACAGCAGUCGGAGUGUUCGUCCUUCAGAGUUUGAACAGGUCAAGGUCUUCCUGGCUAAGGUCAUCGAGGGGCUGGAUGUUGGACCCAACGCCACCCGCGUGGGAGUUGUCAACUACGCCAGCCGCGUCAAGAACGAGGUGUCUCUUAAGACUCACCGCACCAAAGCUGGACUGAUUAAGGCUGUGACCAAGAUCGAGCCCCUGUCCACUGGAACAAUGACCGGUCUGGCCAUCCAGUUCUCCCUGAAUGUGGCCUUCAGUGAGGGCGAGGGCGCUCGUGUCAAAUCUCCUGACAUCAGCAAGGUCGCCAUUAUCGUGACAGACGGGCGCCCCCAGGACAACGUGAAAGAUGUGGCUCAGCGUGCUCGUGACGCCGGCAUCGAGAUUUUUGCCAUCGGCGUGGGACGUGUGGACAUGAGCACUCUGAAGCAGAUGGCCAGCGAUCCUCUGGACGACCAUGUGGACUACGUGGAGAGCUACAGCGUGAUCGAGAAACUCACCAAGAAGUUCCAGGAGGCCUUCUGUGUGUCGGACCUGUGUGCCACUGGGGAUCACGACUGCGAGCAGGUAUGCAUCAGCACCCCCGGAUCAUACAAGUGUGCCUGCAAAGAUGGCUUUACCCUCAUGGACGAUGGUCGCAGCUGCAGCGCUUGCAGCAACUCUGCGACAGAUGUGGUGUUCCUGAUCGAUGGCUCUAAGAGCGUUCGCCCCGAGAACUUUGAGCUGGUCAAGAAGUGGAUCAACCAGAUCAUUGACAAGCUGGAUGUCUCUGAAAACAAGGCCCAUGUUGGACUGGUGCAGUACUCCAGCUCAGUCAGACAGGAGUUUCCCUUGGGCCGCUACAACAACAAGAAAGACCUGAAGGAUGCUGUGAAGAAGAUGGCCUACAUGGAGAGGGGAACCAUGACAGGUCAGGCCCUCCGCUACCUGCUAGACAACAGCUUCAACCCAGGUCAGGGCGCCCGGCCUGGAGUCACCAAGGUGGGCAUCGUCUUCACUGACGGACGUAGCCAAGACUACAUCGGAGAUGCUGCCAGGAAGGCCAAGGAAAAUGGCUUUAAGAUGUAUGCUGUUGGAGUGGGCAAUGCAGUGGAGGAUGAGCUGAAAGAGAUUGCCUCUGAGCCGACUGGAGAGCACUACUUCUACACCGCUGACUUUAAGGCCAUGACCCAGAUCGCCAAGAAGCUGCAGAUUAACAUCUGCCAAGAGGAGGACCCUUGUGAAUGUGACUCCCUUGUAAAGUUCCAAAAGAAAGUAGAAGAUGCCCUACAGGCACUAACAAAAAAAUUAGAGAGUAUGUCGAAGAGGAUCGCCUUGCUGGAGAACAAAAUCGUCUAAGGACUCACUUCCCACUUUUCCCUUACAUCUGCACACACACAAACACACACACACACACACAAACAAUUUUUACUUCCUGUAAAAUACUGAAGAGGAACCCGUGUGUGUGUAUAUAUGAACCCUGACCUCUGCUUGUAUCCUGCACUCUCCCAAACCACCUCAGCCUCCUCCUCUCUCGGUCUUACCUCUUCCACCCUUGGGUCUCCUGGGACACAAAGUGCCAGUUGCCAUGGGGACCACACCUUUGUGUGUGUGCACGCACGCUCCGAAGGACAUCCUCCAUAGCCAGCCUGUGUGUUUGUUAAUAAAAGUCUUCCCUCAUAGGGAAACGGUGACGGUA